AUGACAUCCGUGUUAAUUGGGAAACGCGUCGCGACGUGGCCAUCUGGGCGCGUCGUGCUCGCGAGAUCAUCUGACAUGACAUCGUCGGUUGGCCUUGGAGAGAGUGGUCGAGUCCACUAUCUCCUGAUCAGAUCCAGUCUCGGCGGCCGUGAUGCUUCCAAGUACGAAGUACAAGCGGCCGGCGCUGGCAGUGAGGGCGACACCCGCUGGAACGGUGCCCCACCAGCGUGCCGCGCCGCCUGA